AUGGGUUGAGAGGAGGCAGAUGGUGAAUAUAUUAUGAGCUGUCAUACUAUUGGAAACAGAACUUAAUACGUUAAAAGGAAGUCCAAUAUAUUAUGAGCCUGACAAUGAAGAAAAUGUAUCUGAUUCUGAUGUUGAGUUCCUGGGGGAUCGAAAGCGUAAGCGGCAAGAUUCACCCGAUAGAGCCAAAGACAAAAGCCCCCUUCCGAACCCUAUCAUCGCCGCCGCGGACCCGCAUGAUUUAGUUGACGAACUAUGCAACCACAUCAUGUCAAUUAAUGAUGCUGAUUCCCUGGAGAAGGAGUGGGUGCGAAGCUCUAAACCCCAUCCGAUAGGAUUAAGUCUCAGAAGGAUUCAAGGUAUACUCCACAAGGAUCAGCCGUUGGACAGUGAUUGUUUCAACAUGGCUAUACGUAUACUUGCACGUGACAAGGCCUUACUGCCAGUAGAUCCUCGAGUGCGCUUUAUGGAUCUACAAUUUUGUACGUCCGUGAUCGAGGCCGCCCUCGCUUCUGCACGAGAUUUAGAUUCGCGGGUACAGCCAGAUAUUCAGGCGCUAGCAUCGUUGCUCCGUAGCUCGACUGAGAUAGACAACAUAUCAUCAUGCAAUUGGAUAUUGCUCCCUCAUGCAUUCCUUGGCCACUACAUCUUGUUCGCAAUCGACAAACAUUCACGUCAAGUAACUAUUUUGGACCCAAUAUUUCCGCCCUUAUCCCCAGAGAGAUAUGCGUUAAAAUUUCAGAGGGUUUCAUUCUACCUGAAUGAUGCACUCGAAUUAGCACAACCGGGUUGGAAGUCUGAUACAUUUGCCUGGCCACGUAAAUCACUACUUGAUGUUCCGAUGAGCCUAGACCGGAAUGAAUCUGGUUAUUUUGUUUUCAAUUAUAUGCUCUGGCAUGGUAACAAAUUUGUUCGUCCAAUUUACACGGAUGGUUAUGAGUUGAGAAAGAAUAUUUUGAUACACUUGCUCGAGUAUGAUGCGAAUGAAGCUGAAGACAAUAUCCCAUAUGAUGUACGAGAAAUUCUCAAGUGCCUCAAGUAGGAAGUUAAGAGAUGAUAAACUGGACUUGAUAUCUACGCAUUGGUUCACACUGUAGUUUUUUUUUAUCAAAAUUUAUUUUUCAUCUCCAAUGGAUUUGUUUGCUGCAUUUGCCAUAUGUUGUGGCUAUUUAUUUAUAGACAUGAAUUUUGCGAUGCAAUAUGUUUUGGAGACUGAAAAAAUUAAGCUCCGGCACAGCA